AUGGCAGCUUUUGAAAUCUUUUUGGUCCGACCCCCAUUCCCGCCGAGCCUCUCGUCGAUACUUGGCCUCGUUGACGCGGCAUCCACACGACGUGCUUGCCGCGUAUGGACGCGAAAAUGCCCAGACACCAGAGAGCGACACAAGAGACGCGACGGCAACGUGCCCAAACGCGACAUGCAACCAACCAAACGACUGACAUUGACUGUACGCGACCGACGCAUAGAGCGAAAAUGCCCAGACACGGAAAAUGCCCAGACACGAGAGACGCGACACAAGAGACGCGACGGCAACACGCCCAAAUGCGACGCGACAUGCAACCAACCAAACGACGGUACGCGACUGACACAUAGCGCGAAAAUGCCCAAACACGGAAGACCCGACACACGGCAACAUGCCCAAAUGCGAUCGACACAUCGCAUCGUGCCGGGCCUUUAUUGGCCAAUGGGUAGAGUGCAGGCGAUGGGGGUGUUAGGUAGAACCGUGUAUGUGAUUCUGUAUGCCCCCCUCCCCUCCCCUUGUUUUGAAUCUAAUACCACCCCUUCUACUUAGUUUUGUUUGUGUUGAUGUGGACCAUGGCAUGGUGUGCUGAUGAGCUCGCGCGGCGGAUGCAACGGGGUGGGUUUGGGGUGUGCACAAACACCAACCCUUGUGUGUUGUAGAUAUAUGUAGAUAUCU